UAGUCUCAUGCGGAGACCUUUUCCCGCGAGUAUUCACCUGAUGAAUUGUGUUUUUAUAUUUUAAUUAUAAAAUUGAUUAAAAAAAACUAAAAAAAAAAAAGUCAAAUUGAAGUAAAAAAAAAAAAACACCAAGUGCAUUUAAUUAUCAAAAAAAAAAACCAUCCAAGUGCAUUUAAUUAUCAAAAAAUUAAAAGUUAAUUGUUUUUUAUAAUUUGAAUUAUUUUUAAUCAUAAAAAAAAAGUGUGUAAUUAAUAAAAAAAAAAUAAAAAGUGACAAUGAAUUUUUAGUUUAAAAAAGAAAAAUAUGAAAAAUUGAAUUUUUCCUUUUUUUUUUUUUGCCGGUUAAACAUUUUUAAAAAUUAUAUAAUUAAUGAAAAUGUCUGACUCAAUAUCUGAUGUACCUUUAAAUGAUGAUAACAAUAUUAUAACAAAUAAUGGAACAUCAAAAAAAAUAAUAACAACAAAAGACAUUGAUAUAGAGAGAGGGGAUUUUGAUACAAGGGGGGAUAACGGAAUCAACUCAUCAACUGACGAAAGAAACGAAGCGUCACCUGGUGCCACAAAUACAUCUAGACGUUGGCGCACAGUAGUUCAUUUACUUCGUUAUAUUGCACUGACAAUGUUUUUUGUCGGUACAAUCGCGGCCCUCGUGGCCCUUGUUUGGCUCUAUAUGGGUCCAAUAUUUGUUCUACAAUUAUUAAUUGUUGUUAUCAUUGCCUAUUUUGUAUCUGGUGGACGUCUCAAAUGGCUUCAAGUUGCUGUCAGAACCGCGCCUCGUGACAUCACGGGGCUUUAUAGAUUUGGAAAAUUAAUGUGGUGGUUGAAAUCACAUGAAAGAAAAAGCCACAGUGUUGCUGAUAUAUUUAGACAAAAUGUAACGAAAUAUCCAAAUAAGCCUUGUUUUAUUUUUGAGGACAGAGAAUGGACCUUCCAGGAGAUUGAGGAUCUCAGUAACAAGGUAUCAAAUAUAUUUAAAACUCAUGGCUACAGAAAAGGUGAUGCUGUUGGUUUGUUGAUGGAAAAUAGACCAGAAUAUAUUGCAAUAUGGCUUGGUUUAUCAAGACUUGGAAUAAUAACAGCUUUUAUAAAUACAAAUUUAAAAAAAACAUCAUUAUUACAUAGCAUCAAUGUUGCCAAAUGUCAAGCAUUUAUUUUCUCCAAUGAAUUAGCUGAUUCUAUCAAAGAUGUUGCACAAUCACUUGAUGCAAAAUUAGCACUUUAUCGUUUUGGUGGUGAGACUGGAUCAAAUGCAACUGGUUUAAAAGAAAAAGAUUUUUCUGCAUUAUUAGAUGAUACAUCAUCAGUACCACCAGUUAUUCAAGAUCCUGGAAAUUACAGUGAUAAAUUAAUGUACAUUUAUACAAGUGGUACAACUGGUCUUCCCAAAGCAGCAGUCCUAACAAAUUUCAAAUUUAUGUUCAUGUCAAGUGCUCUACAAUUUCUUUGUGCAUUUAAAAAUUCAGAUAGAUUUUAUACACCAUUACCAUUGUAUCAUACUGCUGGUGGUGUUGUUUGUGCUGGUCAAUCAUUGUUAUUUGGUAUGACAACUGUUAUUAGAAAAAAAUUUUCAGCCAGUCAAUAUUUUGAGGAUUGUCGAAAGUACAAUUGUACGGUUGCUCAGUAUAUUGGUGAAGUUACUCGAUACAUACUAGCAGUACCACCAAAACCUGAAGACAAACAACACUCAGUAAGAGUUAUAUUUGGCAAUGGUUUAAGACCACAAAUAUGGAAAGAAUUUGUAAAACGUUUUAAUAUUAAAGACGUUGCUGAAUUUUAUGGAGCAACUGAAGGAAAUGCAAAUAUAAUUAACAUUGACAAUACUGUUGGAGCAAUUGGUUUUGUAUCACGUAUAAUACCAAAAUUUUAUCCAAUUUCAAUAAUAAAAGUAAAUGAAGAUGGUGAACCAAUUAGAAAUUCAAAAGGUCUUUGUCAAAUAUGUGGUCCAGAUGAACCUGGUGUAUUUAUUGGUAAAAUAAUACCAAAUAAUCCACAUCGUGCAUUUCUUGGUUACGUUGAUGACAAAGCAUCAGAAAAAAAAGUUGUACAUGAUGUUUUUGAAAAAGGAGAUUCAGCAUUUCUUUCUGGUGAUAUUGUGGUAGCUGAUGAAUUGGGAUAUUUAUUUUUCAAAGAUAGAACUGGUGAUACAUUCAGAUGGAAAGGUGAAAAUGUAUCAACAGCUGAAGUUGAAGCUCUUAUCAGUAAUAUUAUUAAUUAUCGUGAUUGCAUUAUUUACGGUGUUGAGGUAUUUAAUUCUGAUGGACGAGCAGGUAUGGCUGCGAUUUUCGACGAAAAUGAAUCAUUAGAUUUGAAAAAAUUAGCUGAUGAUAUUAAGGAACAUAUUCCCAGCUAUGCUAGACCACUUUUUAUUCGUAUUUUAACAAAAAUUGAUCUAACUGGAACAUUUAAAUUGAAGAAAAAAGAUCUUCAAACAGACGGAUAUAAUCCAAAUAAAAUAAAUGACAAACUUUAUUAUUUGGAUCAAAAAUUAGGAUAUCAACAAAUAACAACAGAUGUAUAUGAAAAAAUUCAACAAGGAAAAAUCAAAUUUUAAACAACAAAAUUUAUCAUGGCCUAGCCAAUUAAUAUUAUUAUUAUUUUUGACUUUUCAAAAGUAUUCUUUUGAUAUAAAUUAAUAAUAUUAUGUUUUUUAAAAUUUUAAAGUUAGGUUUUAAUUAUACAUAAGAGAAAAAAAAAAUUACAAAUAUUUAUAAUUCAGAUAAAAGAAAAUUUUAGAAUUAUUAAUCAGUUAAUUAAGUGCUUAUUAGUUAAUUAAUUUUUAAUUAGAUUAACAUGUCCAUUUAGUUUUUUUAUUUCUUCACAAUCAUUUGCUCUUUUUUGAAAGUUUGUAGAAAUAAAAAAGACAGAUUUUCUGUUGGCUAUUAGUUUUACAAUUUUUUUUUUUCAAGUGGGUGUAUGCGGGGUGUAAUGACACACAUUUAAUUAAAAUGUUAUUUGUUAAUAAUUUUUUUCUAAAUAAAUCAAAGAUAUUUUAUAUACGUA